UUUCAAAUAACUACACAUCUUUUUAUCGUCUUUGAUCCUAUCUACUUUGUAUUUUGUGACAAACAGAACUUGAAAGAACUUCCACAAAAAGAGUUGGAUACUGAAAUACGUAACGCUUCGGCAAGAACACAUCUACAAACAAAAAUGUCUGAAAACAGCACCAAGAAUUCUCAUUUAAAUAUUUUGACUGAAAUUGAAUCAGGUGGUACUCAACUACAAAUUUUUGAUGGCGAAGAUGCAUCGGCUUUUGAUGAAUGGGCAAUAAGGUUUAAGGACUAUGUAGAGGUAUUUGGUACUAAUUGGACUGAGGUUGCUAAAAUAAAUAGAUUAAAACUUUACCUAGGUAAGACAGCAAGAAAUAUUUUUGAAAAUUUAGCGCCAACGGAGAAAAAUACUCUGCAAAAUGUCUUAAUAAAUCUUAGAAUUAAAUUAGAUAGCCCAUAUAUUCGUGAAUUAGCAUAUAGGAAAUUAGCUUCAUGUUAUCAAAGAAAAGGGGAAUCAGUAGGUGAAUUCAUUAAGAGAUUAAUUCCGCUUGUUAAUUCAACAUCUUCGGAUGUCACAAAAGAAGUAAAGGAAGAAACUCUCUGUAGAUGUUUUAUUGAGAAGGUCAGGCCGGAAUACCAAAGGUCCUUACAAUUAGUUGCUCCAUUGAUUGGAAGGAAAUGUUUUGACAAACUCGCAACAAAAUAUACAAUUAAUACAAGGAAAGGAAUCAAGUUGGAUACAAAGUACUUCAAAUAAU